UAAAAAAAAAACAUUUAUUUCUUAUACAAGACUUUGUGUGAGGAUGAAUUCCUCCAUUUUGAUUACAGUGUUUGUUCACCUUUGUUGGCUUUCACUUUUUUUGUCAAGUUUGGGUGUUUGCAGAGAGACCAUGUGCAUCGGAAGUGAGAGAGAGACAUUGUUGAAGUUGAAGGAUGAUCUCACAGAUCUUACAAACAGGCUUUCUUCUUGGAAUGCUACUUCAAAUCCCAAUUGUUGCCACUGGGAUGGAGUUGUCUGCAACAACAUUACAUCUCACGUUGUAGAGCUUCACCUUUAUACUCCACUUCUCGAUGAGGGCUUUGGUUAUGCAUUCCAUGAAGCUUAUGCACAAGCACAAGAAGAGUUUACUGCAUCUCAAUUUGGUGGAGAAAUAAAUCCUUGUUUGGUGGAUUUGAAGCAUUUGAAUUACUUGGACUUGAGCCAGAACCGUUUUGAAAGUAUGCCAAUUCCUUAUUUCCUUGCAACAAUGACUUCCUUAACUUAUCUCAACCUUUCUUGUGCUGGAUUCAUGGGGGACAUUCCUCCUCAGAUUGGGAAUCUCUCUAAUUUGCUCUAUCUUGAUUUGAGUUAUGUCACCGGGGGAACAGUUCCUUCUCAGGUGGGAAAUCUUUCCAAUUUGAUUUACCUUGGCCUUACGGAUGUGUUUAUUGAAAAUAUUGAUUGGCUAUCAAAUCUUUCAAAACUUAAAUAUCUUCAUUUGGAACGGGUAGACCAAACAGUUAAUUGGCUUCACACUCUCGAAACUCUUCCUUCUUUGACGAAUCUACAUUUAGGAUUAUGUACACUUCCUCAUUAUAAUCAACCAUCCUUUCUUAACUCAUCUCUCCUAACUCUUGAUCUUUCUCGAACGAACUAUUAUCCUUCAAUUUCUUUUGUCCCAGAGUGGGUGUUUGGACUAAAGAAACUUGUUUCUCUUACUUUAAGUUCUAACAAAUUUGAAGGCCCAAUUCCCAAUGGUUUUCAAAACCUCACACUUCUUGAAAAUCUAGACUUGUCUGGCAAUUCAUUCUCAUCUAUACCUGAUUGGUUUUAUGGUAAUUUUCGUCAUCUCAUGUUCUUGAACUUAAGGGACAACAAGUGGCAUGGUACUAUUUCUGAUGCCUUGGGAAAUAUGACUUCUUUGGUUGAACUUGAUUUGUCACACAAUCAACUUGAAGGUCCAAUUCCAACUUCUUUAGGUAAUCUCUGCAAAUUAAGGAAGAUAGAUUUCUCAUAUCUCAAACUAAACCAACAAGUUAAUAAAAUUUUGGAUAUUCUUACUCCUUGUAUUUCCCAUGGACUCACAACACUUCAAGUAAGAGGUUCUCAACUUUCAGGCCAUUUUACAGAUCAAUUCAAUGAUUUUAAAAGUAUUGUCACACUACAUUUGCAAGAGAACAAAAUUAGUGGUGAACUUCCAAGAUCAUUUGGAAAACUUUCAUCAUUGAGAUUUCUUGGUCUAUUGCAAAAUCAAUUUAGUGGACAUCCAUUUGAAAGUCUAAGAUCACUUUCUAAAUUGUCAUACCUUGACAUUAGUGACAAUCAUUUUGAAGGAGUUGUCACAGAAAAUCAUCUUGCAAAUCUUACCAGCUUGAUUGAAUUUCGUGCAUCAGGAAACAAUUUAACUUUAACAGUGGAUCCAAGUUGGCAUCCUACUUUUCAACUUACCCGUUUGGAUAUGAACUCUUGGCAAUUAGGUCCUAACUUUCCAUCAUGGAUUCAGUCACAAAACAAACUUCGUUAUUUAGCAAUGUCUAACACAGGGAUUUUAGGUUCUUUUCCCACUGGGUUUUGGGAAACAUUUUCUCAAGUUUCUUUUCUAAACCUUUCUCAUAAUCAUAUCUAUGGUGAGCUUGGGGCUACGUUAAGAAAUCCAAUAUCUGUCAUUGUUGUUGAUUUAAGUGCAAAUAAUUUAAGUGGCAAGUUACCCUUUCUUUCAAAUGAUGUGGUAUCACUAGAUCUUUCGAGCAAUUACUUCUCCCAAUCCAUGGAUGAUUUUUUAUGCAAAAGUCAAGAUUGGUCAAUGGAAUUAUCAUUUCUCAAUCUCGCAUCAAAUAAUUUGUUAGGAGAAAUACCCGAUUGUUGGGGAAUUUGGCCACAUCUAGUGGAUAUAAAUUUACAAAGCAACAGUUUUAUUGGGAACUUACCCCCAUCCAUAGGUUCCUUCAUGGGGCUGAAUGCUUUAAGCCUUCGUAACAACUCACUCUCUGGAACAUUUCCUAACAUUUUGAAGAAUACAAGUGAAUUGAAUUUGUUAGAUCUUGGGGAAAAUAAUUUUUCAGGAACAAUUCCAUCUUGGGUUGGAGAACGUCUUAUAUACAUGAAAGUUCUUAUCCUUCGAUCAAAUAGAUUUCUGGGUUACAUUCCUCAAAAAAUAUGUGAUAUGAGUUCUCUUCAGAUUUUGGACCUUGCACAAAACAAUUUGAUUGGAAACAUACCUACUUGUUUCAAUAGCUUGAAGGCCAUGACACAUAUGAAUACAAAUCCUCUUAUCCAAUAUUUUGCUGUUACUAAUACAUCUGAGUAUUCAUAUUAUAGUACAGCCAAGGUGCUCCUUUGGUUGAAAGGAAGAGGAGACGAGUACAGAAACAUUCUGGGAUUGGUAACGAGUAUUGAUUUGUCGAAUAACCAAUUAGUGGGUGAAAUACCAAGAGAAAUCACAAAUUUAAUUGGAUUGGAAUUUUUGAACUUGUCCCACAACCAAUUAAUUGGUCAUAUUCCUCAAAGCAUCGGUGAUAUGAGAUCAUUAUUGUCCAUCGAUUUCUCAAGAAAUCAACUUUUUGGUGAAAUCCCUCGAACUCUUUCAAAUUUGAACUUUCUGAGCAUGCUAGACUUAUCUUAUAAUCAUUUGAAGGGAAAAAUUCCAACAGGAACUCAAUUGCAAACCUUUGCUGCCUCCAAUUUUAUUGGCAACAAUCUCUGUGGCCCACCACUACUCAUCAACUGCACCUCCAAUGCAACUACUGAUAAUUUUGAUCACAAUGGCAAAGGAAGUGAUAGGCAUAAGGUGAAUUGGUUUUUUAUCAGUAUGACAAUUGGUUUUGUCAUGGGAUUUUGGAUAGUAAUUGGUCCUUUGUUCAUUUCAAGAUCAUGGCGUCAUACCUAUUUUCAUUUUCUUGAUAAUGUGUGGUUCAAACUUCAAUCUAUUUUCUGAUGCAUGCAAUAUCACUGUAUAAUAAUGUUGAGAAAUAAAGUUGUCAUGA